AUGUUUGUGUUGAAGUUCACUGUGGGUCUCCUGACCCUGAUGCUGGUGUCCUCUGCCUGGGUUGAGGAACUGACUGAGAAUGUUGUGGAAGAAGACACCUUUACUGAGCUCUCUGUUGGUGAGCUGCUGACCAGAGCCGACAGGGACCUCACCCCCGAGGCCGAUGAGCCUACUCUGAUGGGUGACAUUGCCAUGCCCUCUGAGAAGAAUGCUAACCCCUGCACCGCCACCGGGUGUCUAUGGCAAAAGUACAGUGAUGGAAGAAUCUGGAUGGCCUAUGUCAUUGCCAACACUUCUGUAAGUGUUCGCUUUUCAUCUCGUGAGAUAGCCAUCAUCCAGCGUGGUCUUGACUCCUUCGCCGAAACCACCUGCGUCCGCUUCUUCCAGCGCCAGAACGAGAGGGACUACCUCAGCAUUGAGUCUCGCAGCGGAUGCUACUCCUAUGUUGGCCGUCAGGGUAACACCCAGACUGUGUCUCUAGCCCGCCAGGGCUGCCUGUACCACAGCACCGUCCAGCAUGAGCUCCUCCAUGCCCUGGGCUUUAACCACGAGCAGACCCGCAACGACCUUGACAACCACAUCCAUGUCUACUGGGAGAACAUAAUUGAUGACAUGAAGUACCACUUCCACAAGAUCGCCAACCUGAACCAAGGUGUUAAGAGCCUCCUUAAAGGAGGGAGGUAUGCCUUCUCCAAGAACAACCGCCCCACCAUGGAGCCCAUCCCCAACAACAAUGUGUCUUUCGGCGAGGCCACCCAGAUGAGCAAGAACGACAUUGACAGGCUGAACAGGCUGUAUGGCUGCUGUGAGUACUGCCACACUGAACAAUUUACUGUUCAUGGGUUUGGAUGA